AUGAAGCUGAUGCUGCUUGUUCUAUUUUUAAGUAUAUACAUUGAAUGUGCUCCAAAUAAAGUUUACUUUGUAAAACUUGAGGUUGAGGAUGGAAUAGAGUUAGAAGAAUUCAGCGUUAAAGCAAAGACUAAGGAGAAUAAUAAAGGAUAUCCAACAUAUUUUGAGAACUUUCCUUACUUUCCUUAUCAAGUUCCAGCAACUCAAGCUACACAAGUCACUAAACCUGAAAUUUCUUCUUUAACAAAACAAGGAAUAGCUGUAGAAAAUGAGGAACAAGUAAAUAUCAAUAAGGAUGUUGCAGUUGAAGAAGAAACUGGCUAA